AUGGCUCCUCCUCCGCCAAAUGCGAACCUCCCGCUCCAGGAGCGCUUCUUGGCUCUAGCCCAGACGCUUCAGUUCGCCUGGUUUGUCGGGCACCUGACUCUUAUCCUUACCACCUCCCGAUACGCCCUCUCAUGGCUAUUCAUGAACUACUACAGCCGCAUGGCACAGUUCUCAUACCGGACAUCGUUUGCCGCCGCCGCUCUGACUUAUGGAAUCGUUGUCUACAAGACGCAGCGAGCUCGUGCAAAGACCGGAACCAAAGCGCCUAAUGGUGCCCUCGGCCUCCUUGCUGACGAGAACGUCCAGUACCUGGCCAUGGCCCUCGUCUGGCUCUUCUCCCCCCAAUACCCCCUCGCUCUGCUCCCUUAUUCCGUCUACUCCAUCUUCCACGUGGCCACCUACUCUCGCGCCAACCUGAUCCCCGUCUUCAGCCCUCCUCCCGUUGCCGCCGAUGGCGUCUCUCGACCCAAGACCAGCAACCCGUUGGCUGAAAAGAUCGGAAACUUUGUCAAGGAGUACUACGACUUCUCUAUGACCGUUGUCGCCUACCUCGAGAUUGCUCUGUGGGUUCGAGUGUUGCUUUCAGCCAUCCUUUUCCAGCGUAGGUCGUGGAUUCUGCUUGGCCUGUAUACCGUCUUCAUCCGAGCUCGCUACGCCCAGAGCAGCCACGUCCAGUCAGCCUUUGCCCACGUCAACGCCCGGGCCGAUCACUUUGUCGGAGCCCAGGGAACCCCGCCUCAGCUCAAGCAAGCCUGGGACGUUGUCAAGGGCAUUACUAUCAAGUUCCACGAUGUCACCGACGUCAGCAAGUACGUUGGCGCCGGCCCUGCCAAGAAGACGUCAUAA